CUAGCGUAGAAUAUCUGUUUGUUUAUUUUUGUAUUGUGACAGUUCAACAUGGGAGAUUCUACGGCAAAGAAGAUAGGAAGUCCGGACUUCAACGCUGAAAAGUUUGUGAAGGAGCUGUCCCAGCGAUGUGUCGGCGGCCAGGAGUUGCAGCAGCAGCGCAUGAAGAUUCAGUCCCUCGCGGAUGAGACCAACGCCGCUCUCAAGAAGAACGUCUACCAGAACUACAUGCAGUUCAUCGAGACAGCCAAGGAGAUAUCCCAUCUGGAGAGCGAGAUGUACCAGCUGUCGCACAUGCUCACGGAGCAGCAGUCGCUGCUGUCGUCGCUGUCGUCCACCUCGCUGCUGGGGGACAAGGCCCCGCCCGCGCAGGAGAGCGACGGGGGGGCCAAGCCCCGGGACGAGGCCCGCGAGGAGGAGCGCCGGCACCAGAUGCUCACGGCCAUCCUCGAGAAGGUGGAGGGCUGCGUGACGCUGCUGGAGGCUCCAGGCAGAGCCGUGCUGCACGAGGGAGACCUGGUGGAGCUGGACCCCGUGGAGAACAACGCGCUGCAGCGUGUGCACGGAUACUUGUUCAGCGACGGCUUCAUGGUCGCUUCCUGGAUACCCAACAGGCGGGGUCCCGUGCGCUACAAGUUCGAGGCGAUGUACGAGCUGGGCAGCCUGGCCGUGGUGAACGUGCGCGACAUGGGCAGCGUCAAGCUGGCCUUCAAGCUGCUGGUGUUCCCCGAUACGCGCGUCUUCCAGUGCUCCUCCGACCAGAGCAAGAAAGAGUGGCUGGACAAGUUCGACCAGGCCAAGAAGGCGCGCCUGGCCCAGGACCAGCAGAAGAGGGAGGCGGCGCCCGCGGCCGCAGCGGCGGAGGGCUCGCCCGUGCGCCUCGCGAGGGCCAACUCCCAGGACUUCUCCUACAACCCGUUCGAGGAGGGGGCGGGGGCGGGGCCCGAGCCGGAGCUGCCCGAGUGGCUGGUGGAGGCGCCUGAGGACCUGGAUGCCUGCAUCGCCCAGCGCCACUUCGAGGAGGCCUUCAACCUGCUGGGCAAGGCCCGCGACUUCCUCGACGCCAACGAGGAGGGCAGCGCGCACGACCCCGUCUUCACGGACAUCAGGCGCAAGGUGACGGCGCGCACCAAGGGGCUCACGGAGAUCCUGAUGAAGGAGCUGGAGGUGUCUCCCGACAAGUCCCAGCACGGAGGCCUGCGCGCCGCGCGCCGCGCCGUGCGCCUGCUGAACCAGCUGGGCCGCGCCGCGCAGGCCUGCGAGCUGUUCCUGAAGCUGUGCAGCAGCAUCCUGAAGAUGCAGCUGAAGCGGGUGAAGCGGGAGGGGGCGACGGCGCUGUACGUGCGGCAGCUGGGCGGGAUCUUCUUCUCCAACCUGACCGACAUGGCGCGCGAGUUCCUGAGGGCGUUCCCUGGCUCCCCGCAAUGCGCCUCAGCGUUCGUGGUGUGGGCGGGCGCGGAGCUGACCCUCCUCGCGUCUCACCUGGUCAAGCAGGUGUUCGUGCCCCAGGUGUCGCUGACGACCCUCGCCGAGUGCAUCACCUCCGUCAGGAACCAGUGCGACCAGCUGUGCGAGCUGGGGCUGGACCUGCGCUACCAGCUGGACGGCCUGCUGCGCACGGCGCUGUGCCGGGCGCUGCGCGACUCCCGGGAGAAGCUGGUGGACGCGGUGAAGCUGCGGGCGGCCGAGGACAAGUGGCGGCCGCUGAACCUGCAGAGCAAGGCGGGGCUGGCGCGCUUCCUGCAGGAGAUGGGCGACGCGGGCAUCGCCGGCGUCCACGCCCACGUCACAGGGGAGUGCUGGGUGGGGCUGACGGCCAACACGGUGGCCUUCAGCAAGCUGUACGUGUCGCUGGCGGAGGACUGCGUGCGGCUGGCCGGCCGGGAGCUGCUACACGUCGUCGACGAGGUGCUGCGCGACGUGCUGCGCGCCCAGCUGCGCCACGUGGAGCUGUCCGCCCGCAGCGACCAGCUGCGGCCCCAGGCCAAGUUCAUCCAGAAGAAUGCUGCGUUCCUCCUGGAUACCUUGCUGACGCUGGUGGAGCACUGCUACGAGGGCAAGGUGGGGCACCCCUGCGCCCCGCUGGCCGCGCUCCGCCGGGAGUACGCCUGGCUCGCCGAGGGCGCCGCCCCCGCCCCCGCCCCCGCCCGCUCCACCACCAAGUACUCCUCCCCCGAGUACGUGUGAGGCCGUCCCCCCCUCGCCGUCGCUUCCCUGGAAGCAUCGCACGCUCUCCGGCUGCGGCGCAUCGAGAACAACUUGUAACACUUGUGUCAAUGUCAGUCUCUUGACGAAGGACCAAAGGACUAUGAGAUGUACACCGUGCAAGGCAACCACUUCUGAGAAAAUGAAUGGAUUAAUGAAUAAAUGAACGAAUCAAUUAAUUAAUCAAUGAACAAAUGAACUUAUGAAUGAAUAGAAAAAAAAUCAAUGGAUUAAUGCAAAAGUGAAUAAAUUAAUGGAUUAAUGCAAAAUGGAAUAAAUUAAUGGAUCAAUGCAAAAGUCCCAGAAAGUAUAAAUACUAAGGGAAGAAUCAUCUACUGUCUGAGCUUCAUCUGGGACCUCAGGCAAGGGUUGUAAAAUUUGAGAGUAAAAAUUUUUUUUUUCUAUCUUAUCAAAAUAUCAAAGUCAUUAACACAUUAUUUCAUGCAUCAGGCUGGGUCAGGAGGGGUUUAAAUGUCAGAAGAAAUGUUUCAGCUAUGUAUUGAUCUUCACUUGGUAACUGACGUUACGUGAGAGGAAAUGUGUCCCCCUCUGUUUGAACGUGUUAAGGGAGCAGUGAAUGAAAGCAUGCAACACAGGUGCAGAGUGGUGGACAGAUUAAGGCAGAUGGCGGUGGUUUGCUAGACUGACCCAGUCGCAGGCUGGUCAAUGAUUGACUGCAUUAAGAUUAAACUUCUUGUAGAUCGAAGAAAAGUGAGAAUCAGUUUUUUGAAAUCAAAGCACAAAAAAAGUGUAAGUGUAAAGACUGUGGAACUUGUGUUUUCGGGCAGAAGAAAAAUGUUAAUGAUACUUAUUGGCUUAGCUGGUCUCCAUGUAUCCUAAAUGUUAAGUAAUCACUGGGUAAUUAUAAUUAAUUGGUGCAAUAUUGACUAAUAUGAAUCUACAUAUGAUACCUACAAGCGGAACUUUUUUCCACCAACUCAUUUAAUUCAUGUUUUUUGAAACUACAUACUCAAUGUGAUUUAAGCCUUGUGAUCUGUAUAAGGCUGUCUAUAAUUUUUUUUGUUUUGAUGUUUCACAUUACUGCAUUUGAUGUUUUUUUUUCUUAUUUCUUGAAUGUACUUGUUUACAGAUAAAGAAUUACGCUGAUUAGUGAA